GCCAUCAGCAUCAGCAAGGCCAUCAACAGCCAGGAAGCCCCCGUGAAGGAGAAGCAUGCCCGGCGCAUCAUCCUGGGCACGCACCACGAGAAGGGCGCCUUCACCUUCUGGUCCUACGCCAUCGGCCUGCCGCUGCCCAGCAGCUCCAUCCUCAGCUGGAAGUUCUGCCACGUGCUGCACAAGGUCCUGCGGGACGGCCACGCCAACGUGCUGCACGACUGCCAGCGCUACCGGAGCAACAUCCGGGAGAUCGGGGACCUGUGGGGCCACUUGCACGACCGCUACGGGCAGCUGGUGAACGUCUACACCAAACUUCUGUUGACCAAAAUCUCCUUCCACCUCAAGCACCCCCAGUUUCCUGCGGGCCUGGAGGUGACCGACGAGGUGCUGGAGAAGGCGGCUGGGACCAAUGUCAACAAUAUCUUCCAGCUCACUGUGGAGAUGUUCGACUACAUGGACUGCGAGCUGAAGCUGUCAGAGUCAGUGUUCCGGCAGCUGAACACGGCCAUUGCAGUGUCCCAGAUGGCCUCGGGCCAGUGCCGCCUGGCCCCGCUCAUCCAGGUCAUCCAGGACUGCAGCCACCUCUACCACUACACAGUCAAGCUGCUGUUCAAGCUGCACUCCUGUCUCCCGGCGGACACCCUGCAAGGCCACCGGGACCGGUUCCACGAGCAGUUCCACAGUCUCCGGAACUUCUUCCGCAGAGCCUCGGACAUGAUCUACUUCAAGCGGCUCAUCCAGAUCCCCCGGCUGCCUGAGAGUCCCCCCAACUUCCUGCGGGCCUCAGCCCUGGCUGAGCACAUCAAGCCCGUGGUGGUGAUCCCCGAGGAGGCCCCGGAGGACGAGGAGCCCGAGAACCUCAUCGAGAUCAGCACUGGGCCCCCUGCUGGGGAGCCUGCGGUGGUGCCUGACCUCUUCGAUCAGACCUUUGGACCCCCCAACGGCUCCAUGAAGGACGACAGGGACCUCCAGAUAGAGAACCUGAAGAGGGAGGUGGAGCUGCUCCGCGCCGAGCUGGAGAAGAUCAAGCUGGAGGCCCAGCGGUACGUGGCGCAGCUGAAGGGCCAGGUGAACGCCCUGGAGGCCGAGCUGGAGGAGCAGCGCAAGCAGAAGCAGAGGGCCCUGGUGGACAAUGAGCAGCUCCGCCACGAGCUGGCCCAGCUGCGGGCCGCACAGCAAGAGGGCGCGCGGAACCAGGGCCUGCGCGAGGAGGCGGAGAGGAAGGCGAGUGCCACCGAGGCGCGCUACAGCAAGCUGAAGGAGAAGCACAGCGAGCUGAUCAACACGCACGCCGAGCUGCUCAGGAAGAGCGCCGACACGGCCAAGCAGCUGACGGUGACACAGCAGAGCCAGGAGGAGGUGGCGCGGGUGAAGGAGCAGCUGGCCUUCCAGAUGGAGCAGGUGAAGAGGGAGUCUGAGAUGAAGCUGGAGGAGCAGACUGACCAGCUGCAGAAGCUCAAGAGGGAGCUGGAGGCCAAGGCGGGCGAGCUGGCGCACGCGCAGGAGUCCCUGAGCCGCACGGAGCAGAGCGGGUCGGAGCUGAGCUCGCGGCUGGACGCGCUGAGCGCCGAGAGGGACGCGCUGAGCGGCUCCGUGCGGCAGCGGGAGGCGGAGCUGCGGGCUGCCCAGGGCCUGGCGCAGGAGAAGGAGGCGGCGCUGAGCCAGGAGCGGCAGCGCAGCGACCAGGAGAGGGCCGAGCUGCAGGGGCGGCUGGCAGAGAAGGAGUCUCGGGAGCAGGAGCUGCGGCAGAGGCUGCUGGACGAGCAGUUUGCAGUGGUGCGGGGCGCUGCCGCCGAGGCCAGCGCCAUCCUGCAGGACGCCGUGAGCGCGCUGGACGACCCCCUGCACCUGCGCUGCACCAGCUCUCCGGCCUACCUGGUGAGCAGGGCUCAGGUGGCCCUGGAUGCCGUGAGCACGCUGGAGCACGGCCACAGCCAGUACCUGGCCUCCCCGGAGGACGCCUCCGCCUUGGUGGCAGCCCUGACCCGAUUUUCCCACCUGGCUGCGGAUGCCAUUGUCAAUGGGGGCGCCACCUCCCACCUGGCUCCCACCGACCCGGCUGACCGCCUGAUGGACGCCUGCCGGGAGUGUGGGGCCCGGGCGCUGGAGCUCACCGGGCAGCUGCAGGAGCGCCAGGCGCUGCCUCGGGCACAGCCCAGCCUGGUGCGGCGCCCCCUGCAGGGCAUCCUCCAGCUGGGCCAGGAGCUGAAACCCAAGAGUCUGGAUGUGCGGCAGGAGGAGCUGGGGGCGGUGGUCGACAAGGAGAUGGCAGCUACGUCCGCGGCCAUUGAGGACGCUGUGCGGAGGAUUGAGGACAUGAUGAACCAGGCCCGCCACGAGAGCUCGGGGCUGAAGCUGGAGGUGAACGAGAGGAUCCUCAACUCCUGCACAGACCUGAUGAAGGCCAUCCGGCUCCUGGUGAUGACCUCCACCAGCCUGCAGAAGGAGAUUGUGGAGAGCGGCAGGGGGGCAGCCACGCAGCAGGAAUUCUACGCCAAGAACUCGCGGUGGACAGAGGGCCUCAUCUCUGCCUCCAAGGCCGUGGGCUGGGGAGCAUCGCAGCUGGUGGAGUCGGCGGACAGGGUGGUGCUGCACACGGGCAAGUACGAGGAGCUCAUCGUGUGCUCGCACGAGAUCGCGGCCAGCACCGCCCAGCUGGUGGCCGCCUCCAAGGUGAAGGCGGACAAGCACAGCCCGUGCCUCGGCCGCCUGCAGGAGUGCUCCCGCGCUGUCAAUGAGAGGGCCGCCGGCGUGGUGGCCUCCACCAAGUCGGGCCAGGAGCAGAUCGAGGACAGAGACACCAUGGACUUCUCCGGCCUGUCCCUCAUCAAGCUGAAAAAGCAGGAGAUGGAGACGCAGGUGCGCGUGCUGGAGCUGGAGAAGACGCUGGAGGCGGAGCGCGUGCGGCUGGGGGAGCUGCGGAAGCAGCACUACGCGCUGGCCGGCGGCGUGGGGCCGCCCGGCGAGGAGGAGCCCAGCCGGCCCACCGCUGCCCCUCGCGGGGCCACCAAGAAGCCACCCCUGGCCCAGAAGCCCAGUGUGGCGCCCCGACAGGACCAGCAGCUGGACGGCAAGGACGGUGUGUGCCCCGCUCAGCCUGCCCACUCCUAGGCCCCCGAGCGCCGGCAGGGCGGCUGGGGUCGGGCCUGGGUGUCUCAGGGCCUCCUGAGAGGGUCGCCUCGGCCAGCAUCCCCCAGGCCUGCGGGCCUGGUGUGGGGGACUGUGAGGAUGGGGUCUGCUCACCGGCUGCAGGGACACAGCUCUGCAGGAACAUGGGGUCUUUCUACUACUCCGCUUUGAUCUUCACUCCUGAGUUUACAGUCUGCACACUGGGAGCAGGGCUGCCCCAGGGCCUUCCCUGCCAUCCUGACGGCGGGCCUGACGCUGUCAGGCAUACGGUGGGGUCCCUGCUUCCAGCUGGUGACGAGGGUACACAGCAACCUGUAUGGCCUGGUGUCUUCGAGGGGCACCGAGCCCUUGAGGCGCUGAGGGGGUGGGGGGUGGCCCUCCCCGCCGGACCUGGUGCUAGGGCACCCACACUGGGCGCCCCCAGCAGGUGGCUGGUGCUACGUGGGUGCCAGGUGGUGAGUGCCUGACCGCCGCAGUAGCUGUGCGGCCACCUCCUACUUCCUGCGCAUCCCUUUGGAUCUGGCUGCUCUCCCGUCACCCCCAAGGUGACGGCCGCAGGCCUCCAACCUUGGUUGGGAAAAGCCCAGGUCCACCGGUCCCCCUUCUGGACGCAACAGAGGGGUCGCCACUGGGGAGAGGUGUCUGGACUUCCAGCCCAGCCUUAUGGCCCUGACAAAUUUAAACAGAUUUUGUUCCCUAAGCCCAGGGGGUGUGGCUGGAGGGUGGGAUCAGGCCGGGGGCGCACAGCCGGGCAGCUGGAUCGGACAAGGCUCCCCAGCGCUCUCCAUCCUGUCCCUUGAGGGUGAGGGAGCCCCCUCCUGUGCCCUGGUCAGCAUUCCUGGCAAUAAAACGCACUGACUGUUGUCAUCAGUGCCCCAGCGAGG